GUCAAAAACAUACGGUCAAUAUCAAAUGACGUUUUGUGUUUUUAAAUCGAUCAAUCUGCAAUGCAACUAGUUUUUGAGAUUUUGGAGUAAAAUAGUAUAAUGUAUUAAGAGAGAAAGGUAAACAAGAAUAACAAAUUCUAUAAUGGAUGAAAAGAAGUCUAUCUUACAUGAAUUAUACGUGUUUUCUGAAUGGAAACCAGAGCCAGAAUACAUACAAAAGCCUGACAGUAUAUUACCUGAGAAUAUAUCAGCACUUUGGAGAUGGGUGAACUUCCUCGGUCCGAAAAAAAAUCUUCUUGAUGGUGUAACAGCACAUUUAGAAAAACAACAAAAGUGGCAUAUUGCACUGGGAGAUGAAGGCAAAGUUAUUGCUGUGCUGACAGACAAUAUUUUAGAGAUCAGAACCAAGCGGUCCGAGUAUGCAACAAUUGCAGCUAGAACUACAGUGAGCCGAGAUGCCUAUCCACAAUGGAGAAAGUUAGUGUGGAGUCCUGACUGCUCUCUAUUGGUGCUGGCUUAUGGAAACGGUGUAGUCAGCUUCUUUGAUUUGACUGCUUCCAACCUUUUUAACAUUCCUACUGAUUGUUCCAGACCAGGAGGUUUAGAAUGCACAGAUAACACUCACGCUGUGGCGGACAUUAUAUUUAUGCCCCUGAGAGUAAAAGAUACGAAAUGGAACUGGGAGGUGGUGGUGGUGACGUUCGACGGGCGGCUGCGCGGGUUCCUGGUGUCGCAGACGGACGCCUGCAAGCUGCACCACUCCUUCCGCUUCCCGGGCGCCGUGGCCGCGCUGCGCUACUGCGCGCCGCACUCCACGCUGUACGUCGCCGGCGUGCCCCGGGGACCCGCCAAGGAGCCGGGCAGCGCGCUGGGCGCGGGGCUGUCGGCGUGGCGCAUCCUGAACGAGGAGCCGUACUACAAGCUGUCCGUCGUGUCCGACGACGCGGACGCGCUCGCCAACGACCGGUUCAAGUUCUACGUGCCCUUCGGAUAUUCCAAUAAUCUGGCUUUCAUAGUCCGUAUGGAGGUGUCCCCGGACGGGUCGCGGCUGGUAUGCCUGCACUGCACCGGGGAUGUGUCGGUAUGGCGCCUGCCGCUGCUGCGGCUGGAGUACCGCUGGCCGCUGGCCGCGCAGCCACACCACGACCUCAGGAACCCGCUCGCUGGAGACGACAGACCCGGGAACAAGAAGGACCUCACCGCAUUCUAUCCGGCGGAUAUCAACUGGUGGACUAAUGAGGAAAUAAUAGUAUCGCGAUUUAGCGGGGCAGUCACCAUUUGCGACAUUGAAACUAUGGCCAACAUACUCGGGAAGAAACCUGAAUUUUUCCAGGGAACGCCGCAGAUCACGCGCGCGCACGGCGGCACGCUCAUGGUGCUGGAGUGCGAGACCAACGUGCUGCCUGCCAAGAAGUCGCGCAGCGACGACUCCAUGGAGGUAGUGAAGGUGGAAACCGAUUCCGAAGACACGAUGCUAGAGCUAGCGAAGGAGCUGAUCAAGUCGCUGCUGUACGCCAUCACGGACAUCGAGACGUUCCAGCCGAAGCCGCGGCGCAUCACUGUAGUGUCGCGCGUCUACCGACUGCUGGGGCUCAAGAGCACCACGCCCACUGAACUCUUCUCUCGGAAGAUAGAGGGCGGCGCGUACGGCGAGGCGCUGUCGCUGGCGGCGCGGUUCGGGCUGGACAGCGACCUGGUGUACCAGCAGCAGUGGCGCCGGACGCCCGUCUCCAGCGACGCCAUCCACAACUACCUGAGCAAAGUAUCGAAGAAGAUCUGGGCGGUGCACCAGUGCGUGGACCGGCUGCCGGAGACUCUGCCCGCCGCCCGGGACCUGCUGCACUUCGGCCUGCAGCUCACCAACGAUACUAUCCUGGCCGAGAUCAACAAGGAGCGCUGUGCCCCGCUGGCGCGGCCCGAGGACAUCCGGCCCGCGGACCUCAACGCAUACACCAGCGAGCUGCUGCGCUGCCGGCACGUCAUGCUCUUCUACAGGGAGCGGCUCAAGCUGUACGAGUCCAUCCUGAAGUGCGAGAAGUCGACGUACGUGAAGGACGAGUACGACCGGCUGCGCAGCGACAGCAUCGUGCAGAGCGCGCUGCAGCUGGCGCGCGCCGGCCGCGUGGCCGCGCUGGCCUGUCUCUGGCCGCAGCUGCCGCCGCCCGCGCGGCUCCGCGCGCUCGCCGCGCUGCCCGAGACCACGUCGCCGCUGGAAUAUCAGGCGCUGCUGCCGCCGCGCCCGCCCGCGUCGCCCGCCUCGCCCGCGUCGCCCGCCUCGCCCGCGCCGCCCGCGCCCGCGCUGCCCGACCCCGACUGGUGCCGGAACGACAUCUUCCGGUCCAUUUGGAGCUCGAACUGGUCGGAGGACUCGAGCCCGGACUCCGAGACGGCGGGCGCGGCGCCGGGCGAGGCGGAGACGGAGUCGCUGAGCGCGUGGUACGCGGCGCGCGCGCGGCACAUCGAGGCGCGCAGCGGGCUGGUGUCGCACGCGCUGACGCUGGUGGCGCUGGGCGCGGCGGCGGGGGUGGCGGCGCUGGACGACGUGCUGUUCCACCUCACCACGCUCGACGUGCUGCUCUACGACAUCAACGUCGAGGGCGUCUCGCUCGACCAGCUGCAGAACAUGUCCACGCUGGAAGUCUGCUCCGUGCUCAUGAAGAUGUCUACCCCGCAGACGUUCGUGUCGGAUUUGAAGCAGUUCGUGGUGCCGUACCUGAAGCGGUGCGAGACUCUGUCCAAGUGCAACGACUCGUGCGUCACCGGACUCAUCGCCUACCUCGAGAGCAUCAGCGUGGACGACCUCUCGCCCAUACUACUGGUGCUGCAGUCCCCCGCGGAGUUCGAGCUGGACGUGCGCACGCACCUGGAGCUGGUGGAGCGCUGUCUGUUCGCGCACACCGGCACCGACCAACUCGACAAGGCCUGCGACCUACUGCACACGCUGCUCAAGGAGAGCGACGGCAGCAUCAGUAGCAGCUCGCUGGUGCGGCGCGUGCGCUGCGUGGAGCGGCUGGUGGCGGGCAGCGAGCGGCUGGCGUGGCGCGGCGUGCUGGUGCCGCCGCGGGAGCUGCUGCGGCUGCGCGACGAGCCGCAGCGCGCCGCGCAGCUGCUCACCAAGGUGGCGCGGUCCCUCGCACUCAGGGAAGAAAAGCCAACUCCACAGGACUGGGAUAAGCUACUCAAAGACUUACUGGAACUACAGAGCACAUUGUUUUGCCGCGUCACUAAAGAUAAAUGCUAUGAGAUCUACGCGCUGGCGCUGCUGACGUCGGGCGACGCGGGCAGCAUCAAGCUGGCGCGCGGCGUGCUGGCGGUGUCGCCGGCGGGGGGCGCGGGGGCGGGCGCGGGGGGCGCGGUGCCGCACGCCGCCAGCGUGGCGCUGGUGUCGGCCGCCGCCACCGAGUACUUCAACUCCGCCAACAGCCUCGUCGACCCCGCGCUGGACUUGGCCAAAUGUUGCCUGCAGCUUAUAAACGCCGAAAACGUGGAAAUCCAAAAGGAGUUGGACUUGAUCAAUGCGCUUCCCAUCCUGCACUCGUUCAACGUGGGGGUCCUCCCCGUACAAGUUCGUAUAUGUGAAGAUAGGAUGUCGCUGAUAGAGGCGUGCCUGAUGUUGGAUCCCAACGCGUACCUAGCCAGCCACAAGUUGUUGAAGCUCGCCACCUUACUGAGGAUAGCGGAAGACGACGAACAGGCGAGGGAGGGGCAGGUGCUGCAGCUGGCGGCGCGCCACGCCAUGGCGGGCGGGGGCGCGGGGGGCGCGGCGGCGGUGGAGCUGGCGCGGCGGCUGGCCACGCUGCGGUACGCGCCGGCGGCGGCGCUGCUGGUGGAGGUGGGGCGCGCUGCGCACGCGCACGCCGACGCCGCCACGCGCCGCCUGCUGCUGGCCGCGGCGCUGGCGCACUGCGCCGCGACGGACAUCGAGCCCAACCUCCGCGACAGAAUGGCCCUGGAACUAGAGAGCCUGCAACAAAUGGGCGUGACGCUCAGAGACCACAGCAGUCUCGGCGAGCGGUGGCCUUCCACGGACGACGAAUUCGCUGACGCCGUAACAACGCCCAUGGUGGAGAAGAAAGACCUGGUGCCCGCUCAAUCGGAAGUGAAGAUUCCACUGUUCAACUAUCUGCUGGACACUUUCCAGAAUAAGUUCGCUAUCAGCGAGCAGAAGCCGGCGGCGGGCGGGGCGCAGCCGGCGGCGCCGCACUGCCAGGAGUUCUACCACUCGCUGUACCCGGAGCUGGGCGCGGCGCCCUGCUACUACAGCUACGACCGCUUCUCCCUGCCCGACGCCACGGACGGGCCGCUGGCCGUCGGACAGAACGUGCUCAAGUGGUUCUACAUCCAGAACUGCUUGGAGGAGGGCGCCACUUGCGAGUUGGAGACGGAAGUGGUGCAGCGCUGCGCGGAGGAGCUGCUGUACAAGGACACGGCGCUGGGCGUGGCCUGCCUGCUGCGCGCCGCGGGGGGCGCGGGGGCGCGCCGCCUGCUGCAGCAGCCCGCCCCCGCGGCCGCGGCCGCCGUGCUGUACGCGGAGCUCGUGCACUGCAACUGCAACAUACUGCGCGACAACGCCUACUUCACCAAGCCCGCAGAGAUGGCGCGGGUGGCGCUGGGCGCGGGCGUGGAGCUGGCGCUGGUCCGCGCCUGCCUGGAGCGGCUGGCGGCGGCGGGCGACGUGGACGCGCUGCGCGAGCUCGGCUACUCCGUCAACGGGCUGCUGUUCAACGCCGACGCGGACUACCGCCGCGAGGUCAUCUACAGGCUGGCCAGGUCGGCGGAGUGGUCGCGCGUGUCGCUGGCGGUGCCGCUGGCGCGCGCGCGCGGGCUGUGCGCGCUGGACGUGUGGCUGCAGCACGCCGCGGCGGCGCUGCGGGCCGCGCCCCCCGCCACGCCCGCGCCCCCGCCGCCGCUGGACGCCGUGCCGGGGGCGCACGCUCGUAUAAAGGAAGCUCUCUGGCCUCUCAUCCCGGGCACGGAGCACAACGCGCUGAUCAUGUUCUUCUCGCUGCUGAAGAGUGUGGACGAGAAGGCCCUCAUAGGCCCCCUCACUGCCGCGGAACAUAUCAAACUGCUGAAGAAAGCCAAGGCUGCCUCUCCAGAGCUGGACUACAAGGUGCUGGUGUCGUGCGGCGGGGGCGCGGGGGGCGCGGACUUGGGGGGCGCGGAGGGCGCGGACGUGGCGGCGCACGUGGUGUGCAUCCUGCGGCCGGACAACGUGGCGCUGCUCAGCAAACUGCUGCGCACGCUGCCGCCCGCGCUCAGCCUGCCCACCUCGCUCAACGCCAUCCUGGCCCGCUGGCUCACCAGGCACUUCUUCAGCGUGAGUACUGCCGCCCGCGCUCAGCCUGCCCACCUCGCUCAACGCCAUCCUGGCCCGCUGGCUCACCAGGCACUUCUUCAGCGUGCCCAGCAACGCGGCCAGCAAGAAGUGGAUGCAGCAGUACCGGCAGUGCGCGAGCUACUUCAACAAGCUCACCAAGCACGAGCUGCUGCAGUUCGUGGAGGACACCUGCUUCAGCGACGAGGCCAUCCAACGCGUUCCAGCCGGGACCCGCAACCUGAUGAUAAUGCAAGCCGUGGACUACUGCCAGCAGGAACAGGAAAACGACUUCAAGUUCAACAAGAACGAGCAGUCGUGGGCGGCGGCGGGGCAGGAGCUGUCGCGCUGGGCGCGCUUCCUCGACAACCUGCACUCCGACACCGUGCAGCACCUGCUGCACUCCGCCGCGCUGCCCGCGCUCGACAUAUGGCCAGAAGUGGAGAAGAGCCACGGCGACCCGGAGCGGCUCGUAGACUGCCUCGCGCGCGGCAUACUGCAGGCAGAGAUACGGCCCGGCGCACUGACGCGGCUCCUGCAGUGUCUACACGUGCCCGUGCAACCAGACCAGCUACUGCAACACGUCGCGCAGCACUGCCACUCCGCCAGGUACAGUGCUACAGCCCCCCAGUUACUGCAACACGUCGCGCAGCACUGCCACUCCGCCAGGUACAGUGCUACAGCCCCCCAGUUACUGCAACACGUCGCGCAGCACUGCCACUCCGCCAGGUACAGUGCUACAGCCCGCCCAGUUACUGCAACACGUCGUGCAGCACUGCCACUCCGCCAGGUACAGUGCUACAGCCCGCCCAGUUACUGCAACACGUCGUGCAGCACUGCCACUCCGCCAGGUACAGUGCUACAGCCCCCCAGUUACUGCAACACGUUGCGCAGCACUGCCACUCCGCCAGCGACGUGGAGGUUCUAGUGUCGCGCAUGACCGCGUACAGUAAAGAAGGGGUGAAGCUCCCCGAGGAACUGUUAGAGACGGUGAUGCAGAAAGCUUCAGAAUUUGCGGUGCCUCCCCACAAGCAGAUUGGUCUACUGUCUCUGAGCCAGAAGACGAGGGUCCAUGAUAGCGACGACAUGCUCAAGAUUUCACAAUUCAGUGUGGAGCUAUUCCGCACUGAGUGGCCGGACUCUGACCACGCUGAGAAACUGACCGAUGAGAUGUUACUCAGCGAGGAAGGUCGUCGCGAUGCUUUCAGCAAGUUCCUGUCGCUGGCCGACUCCUGGCAGCGCAAGAAGGCGCUGGUGGACGUGCUCCAGUGCUGGCCGCCCACGAGGAACAGUGAUUCGAGGAGCCUGCAUUGUGAAUACUUGCACCACCUCCUCGCCGACAAAUCAAAUCAGACGGAAAACUUAAUGCUCAUCAAGUUAUUAUUGCAGCGUCCCGUACUUACCGCAGAGGAGGUGAAAUGGCUCGCUGAUAAUGUAGGCCCUGAAUCUGUAAUUAACGCUAUUUGGGUUCUACUACUCAGCAAAACAGAACAUUUCAAAGAUAACAUCUUGAACUUAGCCCUUCAGCAUAAGACAUUCCUCCAAAAUCAUGAAAUAGACGAAGAUCUGAUCAAAGAACUCUUAGAUAACGGCAUGUUUAUAAAACUGGUGCCGUGCCCGCUGUACGCGUCGCUCAUCAACUACAUCAUCGGGCGGCAGGCGGCGGGCGACGAGGCGGGCGCGUACAGCGUGGCGUGGGCGGCGGCCGAGCUGGGCGGCGCGCGCCUGGCGGCCGAGGCCGGCCAGCUGCGCCUGGCCGCGGCCGGCCUGCCCGCCUCGCUGCGCGGCUUCUCGCAGGCCGUCGUCGCGGGCUUGGCGGAAUCGGCCCGAGCCUUUGCUUAUUUCAAAGAUGUCUUAGAUGAAUAAAUAUUGUAUUUAUACCAAUCGGUGUCUGUAUUCUAAAUGUGUAAUUAAUAAAUUAUGGCUACAAAAAU